AUGUUCGACCCCAAGAGGACCGGAUUUAUAAAAAGAGAGGAUCUUUGUACAAGCCUCAACUGUUGGCCAAAUCAGUAAGUGUAGAAUGCCUUAUUUGUUCGCGUAUAGAAGCCUAGGUUUGAGGUUAAAGCUAACAUCCCCCUAGUGAGCAUUUUGUCGUAAUUGAGCAUGAUAAAGUAAGUUGAAUUAUUAGCAAAAAACAGGUUGAGCAUCUGUCCAUCCUCGUUUUUCCUAUGCGUAUGAAUUGCAGAACGCCUUACUCGUAAGCUGCCAAACAAAUUCAAGGAGAGCUUGCUCGUUUUUCGAAAUGGUGUGAUAGUCACUCCCACUAAAAGUAUUUUUAAGCUAUCGACCUGAGAAACUGAGCCUUAAUCUGUCGUUUUUUUAGACCCGCCAUUCUUCGCGAUGUGGAAAUUUUGACAACAGACAUGUCCGCGAAAAAACGAGAAUCCGUUCUUCUUUUGGUACUCGAAGGUGUGAAUAAGAGAAAAUCGAAGCAAGUACGUUUUAUUUAUUUCCAUUAUUAUUCGCCUUCUUUGUCAAAGCAGUAUUAGUUGACCGCAACAUGUACAUAUUUUGAAAAAAAGCCCUUAGAUAGACAAAUUUUGCAUGCAUUCAACGCAGAUGUAAUUUCUUUGGAUAACAGACAGCAACCAUAAAACAGUGCAGUGAAAAUGCAAACUGAUAAUUCGUAGACCUAUUAUUGGCGAUAAAAACGCCGUUUUUAUGACCGUUUAGUCACAGUUACGUAACUAACUUGUUGCUACUUGUUCUCUACAAAACUUACAGGAUAAACUUCAGGAAAUCAAAGCGCGCAUUGAACGGGUGUACGGCCCUGGUUGGAACGUCUUCAUGGCUGACGGUCGCUACUGGUCCGUCUGCUCACACAAGCCUGGCACGAACUUAGUCUUUGUGCACAGGGGCAUAGUGUACGGUGUUCAUCAGACUCCCGCUCCCGACGAUGCCGAACGGGAUAACUGCAGCGUGGCACACUAG